ACUUGUCGAGACAGGUGUACAUUCACUGGGUGCUAAAAACAAGGUGUUUUUUAUGAGCAAAAGAUGGCCAAAUUAGUUCUUUUGACAUUCCUUGGCCUCUGUGCCUCGGUGGUUGUUGCAGAGGAUGCAGGAACAGAUGGUGCUCGUUCAGAGGAGAGGUUGGUGUAUUCAGCUCGUGUAGAGAGCUGCAGUGGAUGACAGCUGAACCGAAUGCCUGAAGUCAAGGCAUUUGUAACCAGUGAUCUGCCCAUGUACCAUAAUGUUGCCUUCAAACAUAUUUCAGGAGCAGAUCCGGAUUUACUUUUGCUUGACAAAGAUGGCUUCACAAUAGAGUCUAUUCCACUUAAAGGUAAAAAGCGAACAGAAAUCAACACACUUCUUGAAGACUUGGGUUUCUAUCACAAAAACUCUAGAGAUGAGGAGGUCCCUGAACAAUUCCGAGAAGGCCCCUACAUUCCUGUUACCAAAACAACUGAAGAGCCACAACCAGAAGAGAAAAAGGACGAACUUUAAUUUAAAUUUUUCAUUGUAUUUUUGUUUUCCCCUUUAUGGAUGUCGUUAUUUUAACCCUUUAGAGAACAAAGAAGCAGCAACUGCAAAAGUCUUUGCUUAUUACAUAACUCGCUUAUUACAUAACUAUUGCACUAACAGGCACCUAUAGUGAUUGAAGCAGUUCCAUUGACUAGAGACUAAUGUCACAGUAUUGUUUUCUGCCGAACGACUCUAUAUGUACCAUACCCAACAUUUCAUCAAACUGUUCAGCACUGAAAUUAGCUGAAAAAAACUUGCUUAGCAAGAACAGGUUACCCGUUAAAAUGCUAUGCACUGUACGUUGGUUGGAACAGUUACCAGCUUAUAUUGUGCUAGACAAUAUUUCCUGCUUGACAGCUUGAUAAAAGCACUCAUCUGCCGUCAAUGCAAAACAAAAAAAUCUUGCAGUUGCAUUUAUUUUAUCAGGUUAUUUCUACUGAAUUUAAAGCUCGUAAGUUUGAAUUUAUAUUGCGCAAACUUGUCUCGAAAGGGUUGUAAGGAAAAAGUCCAUACAUUUUUGUUAAAUAUUGCUCGGUCUUUUGGAAACUGCAACUCUAAAUAUCAGUGUGUGGAGUAUUUAUAUAUUUCAGUAAUAAAAACUAUUUUUAUGUCUAAUUUAUCAUAAAAAACUUGACACAUGCAAGAUAUUUUCUGUCAAAUUCGAUACAUGUUUGUAGAAAACUGAAAAGUUCCAUUUUGAGCACUUUAUCAAUACUAGAUGAAUUGAUUAAUUUUUAGUGCAAAACAUGUACAACGAACCUUGCAUCGAUUCGGUGGCAACCUUCAAUAGGUCUUGACCGCCCAUAAUUUUUUUUAUUUUUCACUGUUUUUGUUUUCAUGAGUUGUAAUGAUUUUUUUAAUGGCUUGUUCGUGUCGGUUUUUUGCACAUGCACUCUGUGGAUUUGGAAUAAUUUCAGCACAUGACGUCACUUUCUUAAACUGAGAAUCAGAGGGAAAGUGACCGAGAAAUUUAUCUGAAAAAUUACAAAUUCAGAGGGAACAUCAAAAGGCGACCAGACUGGCUCUUUUUAGUUUCGCAAUAUUAUGUUAUUUUUGGGGGUCUCAUUUUGAAAAUUAAAGAAAGUGACUUAAA